AUGGCUCUGUUCAAUGCUCUGGAAUUUUUAGCAGCCCCUUCCAUCCAAGAGUUAUCUGAAACCACUCUGAAUAAGGUGCAGUGCAGUACUCUAGCAGUAGCAUGUGGUGUUCUUGUGUCUGGUAGUAUGCAGAGCAUCCUGCCGGAGACGUCUCUCUCUUGCACCUCGUCCACGCAUCCAGUGCCUUCCCAACUGACCACUUCAGACUUAGUUUACUGCUCCGCCAUCUGCUCCAAGCAGCCCUCCUCCUCCUCCUGCGCCGCCUUCUGCAUUGUUGACAAUCACUGCCUUCUGCUCAACUUGUUGGUGUCAGCAGGCGAGAUACCCAUAACAGGGGAUAUCGCGACUACUACUUGUUAUGUGGCCUUCAGCACUGCAGGGCCUACCACGACGGACCUCCUGAGGGGCAAGUCCGUGACACCACAAGACUCUUGGGAUGGAGAAUACGCUGCUGUAGAAACGGUGGUGACCGGCUCCAGGUGUGAACGUGUAGCUGAAGACUGUUUCUGCUCAUCCACCAGUACUUGGCCCUCAGUGGUUGUCAAAAUGGGCUCAUCCCAGCCCGUAGCCAGCGUGGUGGUCACCGUUUCGUCCUUCUUUCCCGAUUAUUUCAAGGAUGUUGAAGUUCGAGUUGGCAAUUCUGGAACUCGGAGUGACGCCCUUCUGACAAAGUACACAGGAACGGCCACAGAAGGGCAAAGACUCAUCCUGAGAGGAACCAGCACCCUCAUGGGGACACACGUGUCCCUCUUCAGGGACGUCUUCAUAGCCAGUAGCUUUUGCUUGUGCCUGGUGGAGGCGUACAGUACCUGAUGGCGCUCUAGACCAUCUUGUACCGGACGCCUUCAAGUUCAGCUUCAGAGAGUCUGGGAAUUGUGAUGCCUGACAUGUUUUUUGUUUCAUUUUUAAAUCUGCCUCUGUAUUCUUCAAUAAUCUUUUUUUUCUGGGUUCAAACCGGUACUUGCAAAUUGAUUCAUUAUAAGUUUUGAAUUUUUAAGGUCCUGGAGGAUAAAUAACAGUAGAUAUUUUUAAGGCUGAGCUAAAAACUUCCAUUGUCAAGUAUCAACUCAGAACUUCGUUAGCUGAAUCUGGUACUUGACCGCCGAUUGUCUGGAAGUUCUGAGUUGUUACUUAAAAUUGGAGGUUUUUCAGUUCAGACUUACCAAAGUCCUCAGUUGCUACUUACUAAGUAGUGUAAGGUGUUCGUAUGAGUAGGCCGUUGACAGUAGAUUGGUUAUAGAUAAACUGAUGCUUGACAGUAGAUGUUUUUAAGGCCUGUAGGGCAGUUUAUUCAAUAUUUUCACAAUAUUUUCCCAUUAGUACCAAAGUAUUUCGACAAGAGAAAGGCCUCCAAGUCUCCUCUUGUUAGCUAUCCAGCCAGAUGUGAAGAAUUGCUUUACAAAUUUUAGCUUGAUAUUUUGAAUGUUAUAAAGCAGUGAAGUGUAUAAUCAUAUACUGAAGAUGUACUUAAUAUUUGUAGGUUAACCAAAUAUACUUUAUUGCAUGUAGACCGAUGUUUUGCCUGAUUUGGUUGCAUUAAAUCUGAGAGGAUUUACAAUUGACAGCACUUUUUGGGGCUGUAAAACAAGUGCAGACACCUACACAUUCACUGAUGUCAUACAUUCUCGUUAGUUUGUUCCUUAGUAAGCACUUAGAAAUAAGAAAACAAUUAAUGUUGAUAAAUUUUUCCAUGUACAAUGGCUAACAAAUUCUCAUGGGAAAUUAUUUUAAACUAUUCAAGGAGUCUUGGUACAUAAUCUUCUUAUGGAGGACGAGUUUACUGUUAUUGUAUUUAUUUUGUGUGAAGUAAAUAAUAAAAAGAAAACAGAGUAUCGAUAUGCUGAGUUUAUUUCAUAUUUAAUGUAUAUAAAACGAAAGAAAGAGGUGACAGUUUCAAAAAGUAACCUCUAAUGCUUUUAAAAGUUUUUUUUUAUUCCACUUCUAUGAACUGUCUUAUAAGUGGUAACUAAGAAAUCCUUGCCAAAAGUGUGGGAAACGCAGUCCUUUAAUAAAAGUAAAAGUAAGGGCUUUGAAACUCAAAAUAAAUCCGAUAGGUUACGUCAUAAACGCAGGAUGAUUUAUCAUAUUGGCGUAGCAGUGGAUUCUGAAAUCAUUUCUUGAAGAAGUAUGUUGUUAAUUAAAAUGAGGACAGUGGGACAAAGUAGGCUGGACAUCAUAUGGUGUACUGAUGUCCCUACCUACAUACAUAGCCUCACUGAAUCAUGAGGGGUAGCUAUAAGUAAAUGUUCCGAUUGAUCGUGCCCAGUUCUCACACAGAUUAAUAAUAGUAUCUUUGUUUUAACGAUUACCGUUUUUCACUCUUAGUUACGUGGUUCCACGAAAUCUGUUAUUGUGAACUUCAAGUAAACCCAUCUAAUCAUUUAUCGAAAUCUCGGCUUAUGUCUUUCCUGCAUAAGAAGGACUCUAUCACAGGUCAGUAUGAAUUCAUAGAAAGAUAAUUCUAUCUGCACUACGUGAGAAUUCUCUACGGCUCCUAUAGAAUAUAUUGGCAUUCAAAGCUAUCUCCAGGAUGUGUUUAUAAAAAUGAAAUUAUUAUAAAUAGCUCUGGUGUAAAUACAUAAAAAAAUUAGAUUAUAAUGAGUUCUAUGGAAGCAGUUUACAAUUAGUCCCACACAAGUGAGAGAUCUGCUGCCAUUGUUGAUACUGGACAAUGUGUUCCUAAAUUAUUUGUUUACGGGUGUAUUCAUCAGCUUUCAGAUUGCAGCAUUCAUGCAAAAGUUGCAUUUUAAGCUUAGCAAAGAAUUUUAUUUCAGUUCUAAAUAGUUUCCCUAUUCAAGUAACCCUUCACUAUGGAUUUGUCUAUAUAGUAAAAUUGUCUAAAAUUUAGUGUUUACUACAAGUAUGAAACCACCCAUUGGACUCCAUUUUGCAAUACAGAGGCCAUGGUGGUACAGAAUGUUUUUGGAAUAAAUCUAAAUCUGUGAU